UGACCUGCUUUUCUGUUCCCAACCCGGAAGUUGUUUCUCCCGCCGUGACUCGUCGUCUCUGCCUUCGUAAAUAAACAUUUAAAGAAAAUGAACGAAGUACACAACGGUGAGCUUUCGAAUCCCAUUUCAGUUCAUAAUUUCUCCGAGAGGAUCCUGGAGCAGACGGUCCACUUUCACAUCAUGAAGCUCAGCGGCGCCUUUUUUCUGUGGAUUGGUUCGAGCCCACUUUUGUCCAACUUGGCGGUUUCAAUGAGCAGCAAAUACGACUCCAUGCCAUUAUCGACAUUAGUGAUGGGGGACCCUUCCAACACGGCUCCAAAUUCUUUGGCACAGAGAUUAGCAAAGAAGACCAAAAAGCAAGUGUUCGUGAGUUACAGUCUUGCAGCGACAGACUCCAGCCUCUCUCUGCUUGUUGAAAAUAGAAUAAAAAAGGAGCUUGAUCUUCACCCGGAUAAAUUUUGAUCCAUUAGUAAGAUCUUCCACACAGUCGCAUUCAGUGAUUUUUUUUUAUUGACAUAAUAAAUUAGGUGAUUUUUUUUUUAUUAUCAAAACAUGGCCUAUGGCUUUUGUACAAAUGUAUCAUUAAAAAAAAAUAACACUUACAAAACA